CGCAACAACACUCGUUCGUCCAUUCUUCGCCACUGCCGUCAGUUUUUCUCCUUUUCUGCUGCAUUAUUGUCUUCUCCAGUGGCCUUGUGUGUGACACAAACGUUCUUCACGGCCAAUCCCCUCCGUUGUUGUGUCGGCAUCUUCAGAUGUAUCGGUCCAAAAGCCUUACUCUGACGGAGGACAAGGAGAAUGUAACGCCCGUCUCGAAGAAAAGCGUUUCCACCCUGUAUGGCGGCACGCCGCAAUCACUCGAUCGCCUCGUAAAGCCAUUCAAGUGUCCAGGCUCAGCGACACCUACACGUGCCUCGGAUAAGCCGGCAAGGAAAAGGAGGAAGGUUGAUUACUCCGGAGCUGAUGGUGAUGUGGUGGACGGUGACAAACCGUACACAAACGAAGACCGUCUGGCGCUCGCCACCAGGGAUGUCAACAAAUUCCCGGUGUUCAAGGUCAAGGACAAGGAGUCGACAUUUCGGCAACGCUUCUCAGUUCCGUUGAAAAACAAGGACACGGGUGCAUACAAUGCGGCUAGGCCGGCUCCCCUGCUCGGUAUGCGGCAAGGUGCAGUAUUUGUGGCCAAGCCAUUGCACGACCCCGCUGGAGAAUUCGCCAUUGUGCUUUAUGAUCCGACUGUCGACGACAAGCCCGUCACUCCGUUGGAAGAGGGAGAGAAAAAAACUGACGAACCUGAACCGCCGAAGCUAGAUGCUCCGCUUGUUCACAAGAGCUUGGCGGACAUACUUGGACUGAAGAAGAAGGUCGAUGAACGGCCGAAAGUUCCGGUAGUCAUCGAUCCUAGGCUUGCAAAGGUUCUCAGGCCACAUCAGGUAGAGGGUGUAAGAUUCCUUUACCGUUGUACUACAGGUCUUGUUGAUCCCAAAGCCAAUGGUUGCAUCAUGGCAGACGAAAUGGGUCUAGGCAAGACGCUUCAAUGCAUCGCCUUGAUGUGGACUUUGAUCAAACAAUCGCCAGAGGCCGGCAAAUCGACAAUCCAGAAAUGCGUCAUUGCGUGUCCCUCCAGUUUGGUUAGGAACUGGGCCAACGAACUCGUCAAGUGGCUUGGCAAAGAUGCAAUCACCCCGUUCGCUAUUGAUGGCAAAGCCUCGAAAGAAGAACUAACUCAGCAGCUUCGGCAAUGGUCAAUAGCAAGCGGGCGUGCCGUGGUCCGUCCUGUACUCAUUGUGUCUUACGAAACACUUCGACUCAACGUAGAAGAACUUAAGAAUACGCCGAUCGGACUCUUGCUUUGCGAUGAGGGACAUCGUUUGAAGAAUGAUGAAAGCCAGACAUUUACGGCUCUUAACAAUCUCAACGUCCAGAAGCGCGUCAUUCUUUCUGGCACUCCUAUCCAAAACGACUUAUCCGAAUACUUUGCAUUGCUCAACUUUGCCAAUCCUAAUUAUCUCGGAACCAAGAACGAGUUCAGGAAACGCUUCGAACUUCCAAUCCUGCGAGGCCGUGACGCAAACGGUACUGACAAGGACCGGAAGCUGGGUGAUGAACGUCUUUCGGAGCUGCUUACACUUGUCAACAAAUUCAUCAUUCGCCGAACGAACGACAUCCUCUCAAAGUACCUGCCAGUCAAAUACGAGCACGUCGUCUUCUGCAACCUUGCACCCUUCCAAAAGGACCUUUACAACCUCUUCAUUCAGUCGCCGGAGAUCCGCCAGCUUCUCCGCGGCAAAGGAAGCCAGCCUCUCAAGGCCAUUAAUAUUCUCAAGAAACUCUGCAAUCACCCUGACCUUCUCGACCUUCCAUCGGACUUGCCAGGCUCGGAAAGCUGCUUCCCAGAUGACUUCGUUCCAAAAGAUGCUCGGGGCCGUGACCGAGAUGUUAAAUCUUGGUACUCUGGCAAGAUGAUGGUCCUGGAUCGUAUGCUUGCUCGUAUUCGCCAGGAUACGAAUGAUAAGAUCGUCUUGAUCAGCAACUACACUCAGACGCUGGAUGUUUUCGACAAGCUCUGUCGCUCAAGAGGCUAUGGGUGCCUUCGCCUUGAUGGGACAAUGAACGUCAACAAGCGGCAGAAGCUCGUUGACAAGUUCAAUGACCCUGAGGGCGGCGAGUUUGUCUUCUUGCUCAGUAGUAAGGCCGGUGGUUGUGGGCUGAACCUGAUCGGCGCCAACCGCCUCGUCCUCUUCGAUCCUGACUGGAAUCCCGCGGCUGAUCAACAAGCCCUAGCUCGUGUGUGGCGCGAUGGCCAAAAGAAGGAUUGCUUUGUAUAUCGCUUCAUCGCGACAGGUACCAUCGAGGAGAAGAUCUUUCAGCGCCAGUCACACAAGUCGGCGCUCUCAUCAUGUGUCGUCGACUCGGCUGAGGAUGUCGAGCGCCACUUUUCCAUCGACUCGCUGCGAGAGCUCUUCCAGUACCAGCCUAACACCACCAGCGACACGCACGACACGUUCAAGUGCAAGCGUUGCAGGUCCGACGGCAGGCAGCACAUCAAGGCGCCAGCGAUGCUGUACGGUGACACGAGCAGCUGGAACCACUUUGUCAACGAUGGCGACGAAGGCCCGAUGGCGAAGAUCCAGGAUUUGUUGCUCAGGCAAGAAACGGCGGAGAAGGCCGUUAGCGCCGUGUUCCAGUACAUCAGCCAUUAAUGUCGUUGCUGAUGCGGUAGGUAGUCCGUCGCUAAGAUUGUGGUUGGGCUGCGUUCGCGUCCCCCGUUGGCAUAGCUAGUCCGAUACCCCAUAUUGUUGGCAGCAAUAAUAGAGAGCCUAGAUUCUUGCACAUAAUUGCGCACUUGCGCAACCUCGCUCCGAACGCGUCGUUAACCCCACAAGUCCAUGUCUCAAGGCCCCGAAGCCCCUCUAGUUUUCUCGCCGCCUAAACCACUAAAGAGC